ACGAUUCUGCUUCAAAUUGUACCGAACUGUACGAUAAUUUAUAGAGAGGUGAUUUACAUUUACUGAACUUGUCUCCAGUUACUGUCUCUGCUCUCACUCCCAUAGCUCCAGUUGAUUAACCAGCCAUGUCCAAUCGCCACCACCUGCCACCCAUCUCCGUCGUCAUCCUACUCGCCGUCUUUCUCUCUCCGUCACCAACUGAAUCCGUCAAAACUAACCUAGAACCUGGACCCAUAUCGCGAUUCCGCGAUUACCUAAGAAUCAACACCGCUCACCCAACGCCGGACUACGCCGCCGCCGUCAAUCACCUAACCGCCUUCGCCGCCACCAUUCCCACACUCCAAAUCCGAACCCUCUAUUUCACCACCCCAGAUAAACCCCUCCUCCUCAUCACGUGGCCAGGUUCAAACCCUUCACUCCCUUCGGUUCUGUUCAAUUCCCACCUCGACUCUGUCCCCGCCGAGCCCUCCAAGUGGCUCCACCACCCCUUCGCCGCCCACUUAUCCGACGACGGCAAAAUCUACGGCCGCGGCGCUCAGGACGAUAAAUGCAUAGGUAUGCAGUAUCUCGAAGCCAUUAAACACCUAAAAAUCAAUCUCGAUUACACCCCAUUGAGAACCGUGCACAUUUCCUAUGUCCCCGACGAAGAAAUCGGAGGGUUUAACGGGAUGGCGAAAUUAGUUGAGAGCGAUGAGUUUAAGGAAUUAAAUGUAGGGUUUGUAUUGGAUGAAGGGCAAGCAUCUGUCAACGAUGAAUUUAGGGUUUUUUACUCGGAUCGAACCCCGUGGAAUUUAGUGAUUAAGGCAACGGGAAUGCCGGGCCACGGGUCGAGAAUGUACGAUAAUAGUGCUAUGGAGAAUUUGAUGAAGAGUAUGGAAAUUAUUAUGAAGUUUAGGGAGAAUAACUUCGAUUUGGUUAAGGCUGGUUUGGCCGCUAAUUCGGAGGUUAUUUCGGUUAAUCCUGUUUUUAUGAAAGCCGGAACUGAAUCCCCUACUGGGUUUGUAAUGAAUAUGCAACCAUCUGAGGUGGAAGCUGGUUUCGAUGUUCGUCUACCGCCAACUGUACACCCUGAUUUAAUGAAGAGGAGAAUUGAAGACGAAUGGGCGCCUUCAUGGAGGAACAUGUCUUACGAGAUCACAGAAAAGGGUCCUAUUUUAGACUACAUGGGGCGGCCAUUAAUUACAGCAAUUGACGAUUCGAACCCGUGGUGGUCUGUAUUCAGACAAGGUGUUGAAGAAGGUGGUGGAAAGCUUGGUAAGCCUGAGAUAUUACCUUCGACUACGGAUGCUCGAUUUAUGAGAGAGAAGGGAAUUCCUACACUUGGUUUUUCUCCGAUGAAGAAUACUCCCAUUUUGCUUCAUGACCAUAAUGAGUUUUUGGAGACGAGUGUUUAUUUAGAGGGGAUUAAGGUUUACGAGCACAUAAUCAGAUCGUUGAGUUCAUUUGAUGGUUUGUUGAAAGAUGAAAUAAAGGUAGAAGAUGGUGCGUUAUUGAUGUAUAUAAUUAAUAAUUAAUAAUAAUAAUAUAAAUAAUAAAUAUGUUGGGAUGGUUGAGUUGUUCUUGCCAACAAUCUAGUUUCAUGGUUGGUACUUAAGUUGAGUUGAGAUGUAAUCUCUAUGAAUUGCUUACUAUGUAAGUAUUUUAGUUUCUUAUCUCUCCAUUGUUUUUCUUAAAUAUUAACCGAUUUUUUUAUUUUUGGUU